UUGGCCGAAGGGCAGUAACCCAGUUUAACGAAAGUUAUUCGAAAGUUGUCCAAGCACGUCUUGCUUGACAUCCUUACCUCUCUUAUCUCAGUGGGGAGAUAUCGAUUCACGUACGCAUUGUGGCGUCUUGAUGGGCCUAUCAAAUCUUAGCUUUUCCCCACCCUGUCAAGGGUAAAGGAAAUGGUUUCCGGCCCGAGGCUUGGGAGAGAAAUUCCGAUCCGAAGGAGGGCUCUGUCGUGGUUUUUCCUGGGUCUUCGUCCUCUCCGUUUGCGCCCACUCUUCUUCUCGUCCGUGCACCCAUGUUUCAGAAAAAGACGAGCUCGCCGAAAAAAAAACCAUGUUAUCAAAUCGAAACAUACUACGUGGUUAUCUUUCUUGCGUUCACUUUUCAUUCGAUCUGAGAUCCUCGACCGAGCAUCAUGAAUUCCAAAAGUGCCAUCACUGCCCUUGCCUUGGUGCUGUGCUUCGUUGGUGCUCAAGGAGGAAGGAUGUUCAUUUUGGAUGACGGAGAUUUCGACGACCAAAUCCGAUAUCGUCGAGAUGUGGAUGGUCGUGAUGGAGAUGUUCGUCGAGAUGUGGAUCCUCGAGAUUUUGAUGUCCGUCGGGAAGUAGCUGAACGUCGAUAUUUGGAAGAAGAACCUCAAGACGAUAUUCAGGCCGCCGGAUCGGCUGCCGCUCCCAUUUACAGACGACAAGGUCUAGCCCAAGAAAAAGGCGAUUUCAAUGCUCCAGCCUUGGUCUACAAUCCUAUCCCCCCAUCAGAUUUGGACACCCAAGCCUCAGCUCAUGGGUACAAGAAGAAGAAAGGCAUCGUUGGACCCGUCUACACCUUCGUAAAGACCGACGAGUACGCUCAUGUGAAAUGGGGUGUUCGACAUGUGGCUGGAAAGAAGUACGCCGGACACCGCUGAGGACGGGAGCUGUUAAUACUAGAUUCAUAUGAAUAAUAAAUAUUUAUCCAAUCAAAGAUG